AUGGAGCCAAACAACAGCAACAACGACAGUGACUGCACAAUUGAAAACUUCAAGAGAGAAUUCUACCCCGUUGUGUACCUGAUCAUCUUCAUCUGGGGAGCCUUGGGGAAUGGCUUCUCCAUAUUUGUCUUCCUGCAGCCUUAUAAGAAGUCCAUGUCCGUGAAUGUCUUCAUGUUAAACCUGGCCAUCUCGGAUUUCCUCUUCACAACCACCCUGCCUUUCCGGGUUGACUAUUACCUCAGAGGCUCCAACUGGAUAUUUGGGGACCUGGCCUGCAGGUUCAUGUCUUACGCCAUGUAUGUCAACAUGUACAGCAGCAUCUACUUCCUGACUGUGCUGAGUGUCGUGCGAUUCCUGGCCACUGUCCACCCCUUCCGGCUGCUCCACGCCACCAGCAUCAGGAGUGCCUGGAUCCUGUGUGGGAUUAUAUGGACUUUCAUCAUGGCUUCCUCGGCUCUGCUCCUCAACAACGGGUCUGAGCAGAACAACAACGUGACUUCAUGCUUGGAGCUGAACAACCACAAAAUUGGGAAGCUGCAGGUCAUGAACCACGUGGCCUUGGUGGUGGGCUUCUUCCUGCCCCUCUUCACUCUCAGCGUCUGCUACCUGCUCAUCAUCCGCACUCUGCUGAAGGUGGAGGUCCCGGAAUCCGGGCUGCGGGGCUCUCACCGGAAAGCGCUCACCACCAUCAUCAUUGCCUUGGUCAUCUUCCUCCUGUGCUUCCUGCCCUACCACGUGCUGAGGACCCUCCAUCUGGUCACGUGGGACAUAUGCAAGACCUCGCUGCACAAAGCCGUGGUCAUCACGCUGACCUUGGCCGCAGCCAACACCUGCCUCAACCCUUUGCUCUAUUACUUCGCUGGAGAGAAUUUUAAGGAACGGCUAAGGACGACCCUUGGGAAAAGUCGCUCUCCUGUGGCAAAGACCAAGUGCAGGUUGCCUGUUUGUGUGAGUCUGAAAAAGGAGACAACUGGAGUAUAA